CGCGCGCAGCCGGCCCGGUACUUCUGCGGAUCCCUAGCUUAAUCUUCGUGCACGCCAGCCUGCUUGGCAGGCACCAUGCCCCCACUCAGCUUUUUCGCCCUCCUGCUCCUGGCCGCCAGCGCCGUAGCCGAAUCGAUCCGUGAGACGGAAGUGAUGGACCCCCGGGACCUCUAUGAAGCUCACUACUUCUCUGGGGCCCUACCGGAUGAUGAGGACGUGGGAGGGGCCCUUCUGGAAAAAGAACUUGAUGACUUUGAACUGUCAGGCUCAGGAGAUAUGGAUGAUACCGAGACAUUCCUUAACACAGUUGAGCCCUUGGACCUGGAUAACCACAUCCUGGAGCAAGGGGAACCUUCAAGCCAGGAUCCCAAGGACAAUGAAGAGCUGGAGGAGAAUGAGAUCUUCAGAAAGAGAUUUUCCCUUCAUGAAGAAAAUGUAAGCAACAAAGUGGCUAUGUCAAGCACUGCCCAAAGCAGCAUCUUUGAGAAGACGGAAGUCUUGGCAGCUCUGAUCGCUGGUGGUGCCGUGGGUCUCCUAUUUGCCAUAUUCCUGGUCCUGCUGCUGAUCUACCGAAUGAAGAAGAAGGAUGAAGGCAGCUAUGAUCUGGGCAAGAAGCCCAUCUACAAGAAAGCCCCUACCAAUGAGUUCUAUGCUUGAGGCCCUCCAAUGGGCACGGAGGAGCAUAGACUUAAGGGUGGGGCAGGGAGGGGAGGGUUGGCACCUCUCAGUGGGAGGGGGAGGUACUGACCAGCCAGUGAGUCUCCACUGUUUCUUUCUGCUUAUUUCCCCCUCUUCCCACAAAGUGGGUGCAUUUACAUUUGGGGGGGUGGGGUUACAUUUGGGCAGAUAGGUUAUAUAAGAAAAUUUUCCUCUUCCUCAUCUCUUCCCCCACCCCCCCAUCCCUUUACCAGUUCCUUGUAUCUCUCUGAGCCUCAAUUUUUUCAUAUGAAAAAUGGCAAUUCUGUCUGAAAGUCCGAGCUUAGAUACGGAAAUCUCUUGAAACCCCUUCCUGCUCUGAUCUUAGAAUUUUAUGAUGCCUGGUCUAAUACUGGGCAUUCUGGAGUCUGGUUUGAGGGCACAGUUGGGGAAGGGAGAGGAGAACUAGAUGGACCCUGAUGGACCCCAACCAUUUCUUGGCAGUGUAGGCAGGGCCUUAUAGGUCUCGCAUUUCUGUCCAAGUCAAGCUGUCCUUUUAUGUAGGGGUGGGCCAGGACUACCCCAUAUCUUCAAGACAUUGCAAUUGGUGGAGGAGAGGGAGAUUGAGCUGUUAAAUAGAGGUGUUCAUGACCCAUAGCAAUGCACUACUAAUGUCAGGGAGAAGAGAUAGUGGGAAACAGCUCUUGUGUUUAAAAAAAAGAAGAAGAUCUGAGACAAGUUAAGUUGUACCUGGCCUGUUGAGGACUCCUUUUAUAAUUUCUUUUGGGGGGUAGGGUGGGUAGGUAGAGAGAGCAUACAAACACAGGUGAAUUCUUAUAUAGAAGUGAUUUGUAGAGUUUUCUCUUAAAGAAGAAAAAAGUAAGAACUUUUGAAAAAAUAACUUUCCAAUUUUUGAAGAGUUCAUUCCUUGGGGUGGAGGCUGCUCCUACCCUGGUGCAUGGUGGGAGCUACCAGCUUGGGUGGGCCUUGCCUCCAGCAUCUUCCUAGCACCUGCUGUGGCCUGUCUAUUUAUGUGUCUUUUUUUUUGUUUUGUUUUUGUUUUCUGUUUUUGUUUGAAAUGAGGGGAGAGCCUGGGGUGUGAUUUUUAUGAAAAAUUUUUUUAUUAUUUAUGGACACUCCUUACCUCUCUGAUCCCUUCCUUUUUGAUACUUCAUACACUAUCUUCAACCUCAACCCUUUCCAAGGUUAUCCUCCCACAUUGAGAAAAUAGGUCUUUGCAGAUCCCAAAUUGUGUUGGUGUCAUAGGCAAUGGUGGGCCUUUGUUUUUCUUAGUAUGUAAUAUAUUGUUCUCAGUUCUAGAUAGAGAGAUAUAUUUUUCGAGUAAAGUGUGUGAUUUAAAGAGUAUAAAAUCGGCUGGCUGGGUGGGUGGGUGGGUGGGUCAAUGGGAGUUCCUGAGUGGUUGACCUCAGCCCUCAUUUCUUUUCCUGGCCUCUUCCCUCUGGUGCCUUCUCCCAAUCUGGAUGGCAGCAGUAGCCAUGAUGUUGAGAGUUGGUUGGCCCUGCUCUGAGAUCCUGGAGGGAGGGGACUUACCUGGGACUAUUGAUAGAGGCACAGUCCUGGGCUGUCUCCUUAUGUGAGAGCAGACAAAUCCCAGGGAGCCAGCCCCAAGGGCCCCUGGUGAAGAGAGAAGGGCCUUCUGGGGACUCCCUUUUCCACCACCAUCCUGCUGGCUGGGGUGGGCAGCUCUUCCCAACCUGCUCUUGCUCCCUUGGGAAAGCUGCUCCCUGAUCUGACUUGAUUUUCCUGCCCCCUGCCUGUCCCAGGACUCCAGCUGGCUGGGUCUCUCUGCCCUCUUUCCCCUUUGAUACCUGCCCCCCCCCAACUCCUUGUUGCCCACUGCUGUGACUGAGUGGUGGGAGUGGGCACCUCCUGCCUUUUUGUAGUUGCCUUUCACUGUCUGUUAUGACAUUUUGGAUAAAAAUAAAAAGCUUUCUCAAC